AUGUCCCCUCGUCGCACGACGCCAAAGGCUACUUCCAACUCUCCACGCCCUCUCGGCGACGCAUAUGUCGACGGUUGGGACAUGGACAUCGAGGACAACAGCAAUGACUGGGCGAGCAAUUGCCUGGGAACUUUGGUCAACUCCGUUCGUGGCUACUUCUCCGACGACUCCGACUACACUUACUACAUUUCUGGAGCUCCACAAUUGAUCCAAUUCUACAACAACUUCUGCGCAUCCACGGACCUCGUCAAGGACCCAAACGACAACCCGGACAGCGAUGGCUCUGGCGGCUACUUCGACUUCGAACUCCAAGAAUGCUGCGGGCUAUAA